AUGGACGCUAUUACUACUGCCGAGGCUGAAAAUCCCUAUGCCACUUUCCCAAGUGUUCCAAGAACAGCAUCAAUCAAUGGAUUUGCUGACAGAAUCUAUGAUCAAUUACCAGAAUGUGCCAAAGCUUGUAUGUUUGAAAGCACCGGCUCUACUCCAUGUCCAUAUUGGGAUACUGGUUGUUUAUGUGUCAUGCCACAAUUUGGUGGUGCUAUUGGUCAAUGCGUAGCUGAUAAUUGUCAAGGCGAAGCAAUUGGUAGUGUUGAGUAUUUGGCAACUUCAAUUUGUUCAAGUGCUGGUGUUUGGGAUCCUUAUUGGUUUAUUCCAGAUUCUGUUGCACAAGCUUUGGCUGCUGCUGCUGCUGUAGUUGUUGAAGCGGAAACUACACCUACUUCUACUGCUGAAGAGGAGGGUGUCGCUGCUACUACAAAUGCCCAAGAAGGUUCGUCAGUUGAUGCUGGUGUUGGCCAACCGACUGAAACCAGUGCACCUGAAGAGGAGACUCAAGGUGGCGAAGAGGGAGAAGGAGAAGGAGAAGGAGAAGGGGAAGUUGAAGGUGAAAGUGAAAGUGAAAGUGAAAGUGAAGAGGAAGCUGGCGAGGAACAAGUCGGUGAAGAAGAAGGUGGUGAAAAAGGCGGUGAAGAAGGCAGUGAAGAAGGCAGUGAAGAAGACAGUGAAGAGGAAGUUGGCGCAAAAGAGGAGGAGACCGAUGGCGCUAAGGAGUCAGCUACCGCAAAAGAAGAAGGUAAAACCACAAAUGCUCCAACGGAAGAAGAAGAUGAGCAAGGAACAGAGAGUGAGAAAACAAGUGAAGAAAAGUAUUCUACAUCAAUUGAUGCUGGUGACAACAGCAUUGAUGCAGAUGCAGAAGCCGCUUCAAUUGAAGCCCAGUUGGAAAAUGGAGCAGUUGCUCAAGGUGUUGCUAUGGGAGGUAUUAUUGCUGCUUUAGCUGCUUUGAUUUAG